CCACUUUUGUACAUAUCGUGCGCUCAUCAAAAUUCUCGUUUGCCAUGGCCUCUAUGAAUUUCGAAUUUGAGAAGUUUCAGUUGAUAAACGCUCCUCUUCCACCGGCUAAAAAGAAGCAGGGUCAAUCAUUGGGUUCGAAGGCACGGGAAGACGAGUCAGCGGCAGAGCCGACCAAAUGUAGGUACAAGUCCACGGUGCUUGUCGGCAACUGGUUUAACCAGAGAGCUACAUAUGAACGUCCGUCCAACGAUUGGCUCACUAUUUAUGCAACCACUUAUAUUUGUAAAACGAAUCCGGCUCUUAAGAAAGAUAGAAUCGCACUCAGUGAUAACAAGACGAAAGCUGAGCACGGCUUGGGCUCAGAAUUCUUAAUCAAAGAAUAUGGAAAUACUUUUGAGAACAAUUUCACUACUACAAAUGAUUUAUUCUUUCGAAUUAUACCAAAAGGGUUAUACGGUAAACAAGUACGAAAAUUCAGUGGAAGGAAAAAUAAGUGGUUACCAGAAAUAGACUUAACCAAGAAUUUUGGAAACUUAACUAAAUUUUGCUUAAACAAAAAAUCAGAAUCAACUAGUACAGAACAAGAAAAGAGACGUUUUAAGCCGAAAGGAAAAAUGAAUGAGCCUUACCUUAAUCACUUAGAUAUAGACUGUAAUCUUCCAUUUCAAUCUCAUUUAAUAAAAGGCUCAAUAUAG